AGUGUUUCCUUGGACUGUGUAUAUUAUAAAUCAAACUGACCGCCCACCUUGAUGGCUCGGCUUCUUAUACGAUCCUGACUUCUCUCAAACUAUCAUAAACUACCUCCUACGAAGCCUCUUCCUUGACGCCUGCAGACUCGUUCACUUGAUCAACCUCGAACUGCUCAAAUCACAGCUAAACAGACAAACACCUUGAACAUACCUCAGUCAAGAUGAAGGAAGCCAUCGUAGCAGCCGGGCCCAAGGUCCAAAUCAUCGACUCUCCCAUCCCCGAGCCCAACGAUGACCAGGUCCUCAUCCGCGUCAUCGUCAGCGGCUGCAACCCCAAAGACUGGAAGCUCCCCGAAUGGAUGCCCGACAAGCCUCCCCUCAACCAAGGCGACGACAUCGCCGGCAUCGUCGAAAAAGUCGGCUCGCGCGUAUGGGAGUUCAAACCGGGCGACCGCGUCGCCGCCUUCCACGAGAUGUUCUCCCCCCACGGCAGCUUCGCCGAGUACGCCGUGGCAUGGCAACACACCACCUUCCACAUCCCUCAAGAAACCAGCUUCGAGGAGGCCGCCGCUCUGCCGCUAGCCGCCAUGACCGCCGCCCUGGGGCUCUUCUCCCGCUUGGGCUUGCCGGAGCCGUGGACUAAGGCCGUUCCCGAUGAGGAGCGCGAAAACACCCCGCUGGUUAUUUAUGGUGCGUCGUCGGCUGUCGGGUAUUACGCCCUGCAGCUGGCGAAGAAGAGUAACAUCCACCCUUUGAUCUGCAUCGCUGGGCGCGCGGGUAGCGAGAGGAUCGCUCCGCUUCUGGACCAGUCAAAGGGCGAUGUGCUGAUUGAUUACCGCGAGGGCGAAAAGGCGGUUGUCGAGGGCAUCAAGAAGGCGUUGAACGGCAGGCCGUUGCUGCAUGCGUUUGAUGCGGUGUCGGAGAAGGGAACGCCUGAGCACUUGGCGCAGGUGCUUAGCCAGCCGGUGAAGAAGGGGGAUAAGGAGGUGAGGGCUAAGGUGACUUUUGUCCUGUUUGACAAGAUGGGCGUGCCUGAUUAUGUGGAUCAGAGUACUACUAAUGUUGGGAGCGUGCAUCGGGAUGAGAAGGACUUCGGGUAUGUCUGGUAUCGCUAUAUGGCGAGGGGACUGCAGGAGGGCUGGUUUAAGGCCCAAAGGACGGAGGUGCUGCCCGGAGGCUUGGCGGGCGUGCAAGAGGGAUUGGAGAGGUUGAGGGAUGGAAAGGCGAGUGCGGUGAAGUAUGUUUAUCGGAUUAAGGAGACGGAAGGCGUGGAGAGGAGCGAUGAGUGAUUGCGG